AUGAACACUGAAAAUAUGGAGAACGAAGGUCUGCCGGUUGACUCGACAUUCGGUGAAAACUGGCAUGGAGUUCAAAAAGUAAAAACGGACGAUCGACAAUGUAUGGGAGAUGCAAUGAAUGUCGAAGAAAGUCGGGAUGAGGCGGGAGAAACAGAAGAAACAAAUGAGGAGAUUGAAUAUGAAGAAUCAGAAGGUGUGGCAGAUGAAGAAGAUGAAGAAGAGGAGAACGAUGCAUGCCUUGAAUCAUGCGACAAUGAUACAGAUUAUUUAAAGAAUAACAAGAUUCUCUCCCUCGAUAAACUGGAAUCGGAAAUGAAAGAGAUAAUCUCAGAUGUUGAGACUAUUCUUGAAGUCAGCACUGGAAUCUCUCAGAACUUGCUUCAAAAAUUCCGAUGGAACAAAGAAACUCUAUUGGAAAAGUUCUACGGAAGUGAUGAUACCAACGAGUUUCUAAUGAACCAAAACGUGAUUCCAAGUGAUCCUGAAGAUUUUCCAUCUGAAGAAAACACGCAAUGCGCUAUUUGUUUUGAUGACGAAUCCGUGCUUACUGGUCUCUCUUGCAACCAUCAAUACUGUAUUGGAUGCUGGAAUUCAUAUUUGACUCAGAAGAUUGUUGAUGGAGAGACUGAAAUUAGUUGUAUGGCUCCCGAGUGUACGCUGCUUUUUCAGCCGGAGCAGAUCACAUUCUACAUCAAUGACCCAACUGUCAUGUCGAUGUAUCGAAAAGCAGUUGUCAGUAAUUAUGUAGACACAAAUAGACUGCUGAAAUGGUGCCAUGGAGCAGGUUGCGAGAAGGUUAUCAAGGUUCCGCAUGCAUCAAUUCGACAUGUCGCCUGUUCAUGCGGAUCACAAUUCUGUUUCUCUUGCAACAAAGACUCGCAUGAACCUGCCAGCUGUCAUAUUUUGACACAUUGGCUGAAAAUGGAUGACCAAGAAUCAUCGAAAUGGAUUCUCUCGAAUACGAAAGAUUGUCCGAAAUGCCAGGCGCCAAUUGAGAAGAACGGAGGAUGCAAUCAUAUGACUUGCACGAAUAGAAACUGUCGAUAUGAAUUCUGUUGGCUGUGUAUGGGUGAUUGGAGAAAUCAUCAGAAUUGUAAUCAAUACCAACCGAAUCCUGAUUCAAAACGUGAGAAACAUCUGGCUAACUUGGAGAGAUACGCUUUUUAUAACGGACGUUAUUUGGCUCAUCAACAGAGUUUGAAUUUGGAGGAAAAUCUCCGCGAAGAGAUCAAAUCGAAAAUGAGCAAACUUCAAGAGUUCUUUGCUCUCUCCAAACCGGAAGUACUAUUCCUCCAGAAGGCGUUGAAUGCACUCUCCCAGUGUCGUCGUACUCUAAUGUAUUCAUACGUUUUCGCAUUUUAUCUCGAACCGAAUUUCAAUUCAAUCAUCUUUGAAGCGAAUCAACAGGAUUUGCAAUCAGCAACCGAACAACUUUCGGAGAUUUUAGAGAGAAAGUUAGAGGACGAUGACUUGGAUUCGUUGAAACAGAGAAUUCAAGACAAGUAUCAAUACGUGGAGACGCGGAGAAAAUGUUUGUUGGAUCAUUGUGCUGAAGGAGAAGAAAAAGACGAUUGGAAGAAAUAUCCGCCACCAUCGGUCUUCUCAUCGGCUCCUUCUCCAAUCGGUGUUCUCGGUGGACAUGGACAAUAUUGCGCGUCUUGCCCAGGUUGUCCAUCAUCUCCAAGAACUCCUGGCGACCCUUCAUCUCCUGGUUUUCCUGGAUUCCCUGGUGCUCCCAUUGGUCCGACUUGUCCUGGAUCUCCUUGUGUACUUUCUCCAGGAAUACCAUCUGGACCCGGUGGGCCUGGUGGUCCGGGAGGUCCAACUGGACCAGGAAGAUUUACGGAAUGUUGUCCAAACUCUCCAGGUAUUCCACUUUUACCUUCACAACCUGGACGUCCAUCUGGUCCGGGAGGACCUGGUGGGCCAGGAGGUCCUGGAAGUCCUGGAUUUGGCCCAUCCCCUGGUUUUCCUGGUAGUCCAAUCUGCCCAUCAUAUCCGGGAGGUCCAUCUGGUCCAGGAGCUCCAGGUGGUCCAGCCGGACACUUCACACAUUCUCCAUUGGUGGCUUCCAUAGCCAUUUGA